AAAUCAAACAACGGCUAACUUUGACAUCACAAACCUCAAUAUUAGCCUUCCUCUGAAGAUAUUCACAACAGUUCGUCGUAUCAACACCGUGGGUUUGAUGUCGUCAGCCGUCUCCGAUGGCGUAACUCUGACACAUGGCCAACUAAAGCCUACAAUGGCGGUCAUCUUGGAAGACAACGUCAUGUACUUCUAUCAACGUGGUCAAUGCCUUAAAAACAACACAGUUCGGAUGCAGUGGGUCCGGUAUGACCUCCAGACAACCGUGAUUAAGGUAACAGAUGAGUUCGGCACAUAUCAGACCAGAGUAGACACCGACUAUGGGUUCGCCUCGUUCUGUGGGCUGCACUCCAACAACCUGGCCUCUUACCCAGUUGCAGUAUCUCAAGACAACGUGCUCGGGACACAAAGGGAAACAACUCUUCUUAACCUUACCACCCAUGGCAAUCCUCCGACAAUAACAGGAUCUGCUGCAAUAGCUAUGUCUUGGAGAGGAAAGCACAUCUCCCUAAACUGGGAUGGGCUGUUCGUCUCUCCGUGGAAGGAUCUUCAAUAUGAGCUUCACAUUGGAACAGUGGUUGGAGGAGCAGACAUCUUGGAGGGGGUUCUCACGAAGAGAACGGAAACAAACCUGACCGUGAUCUCCUCCCAUUCCAUACCAAAAUCUCUAUUUGCAGCUGUGACCGCAAUAGACCCGUGUGGUUAUAGUGCUCACUAUCAGCAAGAAAUAAAACUUUAAACAUGGCCACACAUGAAUUGAAUUAAACACAUAUAUGUAAAGUAUACACCGGCUUUAUGAAACAUAUGUGGACCGAAGUUUUCUCUUUUUAAGGAUGCAUAAUAAUUAUUAGCAAUAUUGUUCGCCAUGAAUAAUUUACCAUAUAAUUAUGAUUGAUGAUUCAAUGAUGCAAGCGUGUGCCAUUACACUAUAUUUUGCAUCGUGACACACAAAGCCUAAUAUGUAUCUGAAGGUAAUAACUAUAUAUACCCGAGUGGUACUAAACGUUUGUAGUUCUUGAAAGGCAUUUUGAAGUUUGACGAACAUGAACACAUGUCACGUUUUUUAUCAGAAUGCACACGAUGAAGGAGCAAGAAUAAGCUCUAAAACUUCGUAUAAAGAAUGAAAUAAAAAGAGGUUGUUUUCCAUAAAAACGUGUAAUGUAUUCAAAACUUUCGUACAUUAUUUACAGUCAUUUUAGAACAGUUUGGAUGUUCAUGCCAAACCAUCAUUCAGUAGUAGCGUGUUUUCGCAUUAUUGUUGACGUCUUUUGGUAAAGAUAAACAGAGUCUGAUACUGUCAUGUAGUGUUGAUUAAGACGUUCAUUGAGGCAUGCAUUUGUUGUAUAUUAAACAGUGACUAUGAUGCACUAAUGACUCAAA